UUAUAAGCUAUUUUAAAAUCCAUUUGGACACUUAAUUGAUAGUUUAAUGUAGCUUUGGACUGGUUUGCAUUGUUUGAAAAUGUGUGCACUUAUUUUGCCAAGCCCCAAGAAAUAGAAGUUGCUGGGCCUAAUUGCUCUGGACUGGUCUUGGGCGGCCAUGUUGAGGGUUAGUGCAAGUUUCGCGUGAGGGGGAAGUACAGCCAGGAACUGCUGGGGAGUUUUAAGUCACUUGGCUGUCUUUUGUCAUGUAGAUUUCGUUUUAUAUCGUUUCCAUGUCGUAGGGCUUUUUAGUUUGAGAUUUACAUGUUUCAGUUAGUUUUUUAUGUAUAUACCUUAUUUGUCAUUUAUAGUUAGCUUUGCUGUUUGUUUGUUUUUUUAAAUAUUCAUUACCAAAACAUUCAUAAACAGCGUUCAUUGCGGUUGCUUUGAAACAGUGAUGGGAGAGGCAGUGAUUUCUGGAACUUUGAAAUAACAAAAACGCUUUUUAGGUUAUCGUCGUCAUAAGAAAGACACGUAUGUAACCUAACAAAGAAGGAAAGGGGAAUCUGAAAAGACGUGACAAUGGGUUGCAUCAAGAGUAAAGAGGACAAGGGUCCAACUAUAAAAUACAGACCUGAAAACACUCCAGAUUCUAUAAGUGCACAUGUUGGACAUUACGGACCAGAUCCCACACAAUUAAGUCAGUCUCCAGCCUCUAAGGGACCAAUUCCUAACUAUAACAGUCAUUCCAUGACGCCGUUUGGAGGAUCUUCUCUGAUGACACCUUUUGGUGGGGCAUCUUCAUCCUUUUCUGUUGUAACAAACCCCUUUCCAAGUGUUAUUACAGGUGGUGUUACAAUUUUUGUGGCCUUAUAUGAUUAUGAAGCUAGAACUUCAGAUGACCUGUCAUUCAAAAAGGGUGAAAGGUUCCAGAUCAUUAAUAACACGGAGGGAGACUGGUGGGAAGCGAGAUCUAUCACUACAGGAAAGAAUGGAUACAUUCCUAGCAAUUAUGUUGCUCCUGCUGACUCCAUUCAGGCUGAAGAAUGGUAUUUUGGUAAAAUGGGACGUAAAGAUGCCGAACGACUACUCCUGAAUCCAGGAAACCAACGAGGCACUUUUCUGGCCCGAGAGAGUGAAACUACUAAAGGCGCUUAUUCUCUCUCCAUACGGGACUGGGAUGAAAUGAAAGGAGACAAUGUGAAGCACUACAAAAUCCGAAAACUUGACAACGGUGGCUACUACAUCACAACAAGAGCACAGUUUGAAACGCUUCAAAAACUGGUCAAACACUACACAGAACAUUCUGAUGGCUUAUGCCACAGGCUGACAAUUGUAUGUCCUACUGUGAAGCCACAAACACAGGGGCUAGCGAAGGAUGCCUGGGAAAUUCCUCGCGACUCCUUGAGGCUGGAGGUGAAACUUGGACAGGGGUGCUUUGGAGAAGUGUGGAUGGGAACAUGGAAUGGAACAACAAAGGUUGCAAUUAAAACACUAAAGCCUGGUACAAUGUCACCAGAGGCCUUCCUGCAAGAGGCUCAAAUAAUGAAGAAACUCAGACACGAUAAACUGGUACCUCUCUAUGCUGUUGUCUCUGAGGAGCCAAUAUACAUUGUUACAGAAUACAUGGCAAAAGGAAGUUUACUGGACUUCCUGAAGGAGGGUGAUGGAAAAUACCUGAAGCUUCCUCAACUGGUUGACAUGGCAGCCCAGAUUGCUGAUGGUAUGGCAUUUAUCGAGAGAAUGAACUACAUUCAUAGAGACCUGCGAGCUGCUAACAUUCUUGUAGGAGACAAUCUGGUGUGCAAGAUUGCAGAUUUCGGGCUGGCAAGGUUAAUUGAGGACAACGAGUAUACUGCAAGACAAGGAGCGAAGUUUCCUAUAAAAUGGACAGCGCCUGAAGCAGCUUUGUAUGGACGUUUUACAAUUAAAUCAGAUGGGUGGUCAUUUGGCAUCCUGCUGACAGAGCUGGUAACCAAGGGUAGAGUCCCAUACCCAGGUAUGGUGAACCGAGAAGUGCUAGAACAAGUGGAGCGUGGCUAUAGGAUGCCUUGUCCUCAGGGUUGUCCGGAGUCUCUCCACGAGUUGAUGAAGCUGUGUUGGAAGAAGGAUCCGGAUGAGAGACCAACCUUUGAAUACAUUCAGUCUUUCCUAGAAGAUUAUUUUACAGCUACAGAACCACAGUACCAACCUGGGGAUAAUUUAUAAGCUAUGCAGACUGCACUACGGCCCAUAUGGUCUGCCAAAUUCACGAAAGGACCUUUUAAAGUCUCCAAAAACUACAACACACUCUCCGUGCUGCAAAAGGCAAACUGGAAUCCAGUUUAUAGCUGCACAAACCACUUUCUGUUUGUUUUUAUUUAAUUUUUUUAUUUAAUUGAUUCCUAACACUAAUCCUUGAAAUGCCCUAGUUCAGGGUACUGAUGAUUAUGAUUCUUAUAGACAAAUACAACACAAAGUAAACAACACGUUCAUGUGAAAUAUUUUAAAUCUACCAAUCUUGAUUGAAUCGUGAAGCAAUGUUAUAUCAAUAACUCCUCAGUAUCACAUAACUUGUUAACAAUGUUAACAUGCAUGCUUCCUAUAGCAUGUUGAUCAAGAUAACAAAAAAACUUCAUCACUCUAAUCCAUUUGUAAAUUGACAACACAGAUUCAAUGCACUGCUUUCAGUACUUUGUAUCAAAUAAACUGGAAAAGUGAGAUGUUUAAUUUUUCUACAUAGUUUGCUUUGGUAGAAUGGAGAUGAAUAGAUGAACUAAUUUUAUAAUGAUUUUAAGUGUGAUUUAUGAUAAGUUGACCAUAUUGUGCUAGAUUUUAAAUGAAAUUUCCCUCUUUUGGUUGAUAAACAUUUAAAUUCCAAAAUAUUCAGAAAGUUGUUACGUAAUGGUUUAAACACAUAAUGGAACUGAUAAUAUUAAGGGUGAUGUGUUCUGUUAUUUGUCAGCUGUAGUACAAACAUUCCCAGUGGACGUCAAAUAUGUCUACCAUUCAAUCUUCAGAUACACAAAACCUAUUCCCAGCCUUUGAUGAGCAUAUUGUUGCUGCAGUUUAAUAAAUAAAUAAAAAAUGCCCAGAGUAAAUAUGGGUUUGUUUUGGAACUGCAUUCAGAAACAUUAACGGUUUGUUUAUAUUAGCCAAAUGAGAUCAGGAGGUAGAUUAAAGACUCCGUGCACUACAUAUUGGUUCAAAUGCAUUGAGCAAUAACUAUAAAUGUGAUACUACAAUGUUGACAUUCAUUCCUUUUGAUCAAGAUGUGUUUCAGUAAUGUAUGUACUGUGUGAUCUUCAGUGAUGGAGCAUUUCAUACUGUGGCUGUAAAAAUAUACUUCAACCAGUUAACUUGAAAAUGGAGCGUAACUCUGAAUACUGAAAAUGGAUCCAAUUGUUUACCUUUUUAUUAAUGCUGAAACCCUGAACCAAACAGAUCCUCAUAGAGUGCCAUCUUUUGUAUGUGUAGCCUUGUCCUCUUCCAUUAACCUGUGAUAGUGGAUUUUAAAAGGGCUUUGUACAAAGUUGUGAAAAACUUUUUUUUUUUUUUUAAACAUUUUAAAAUAAAGCAUUACAGACAUGACAUGACAGGUGCUAAUGUCAGUUGAGCACUAAAUGAAAGAAAACAGUGGCAACAUUAUGGGUUGGUUACUAACCAGAGGAAUUUGUACAGUGAAGAAAUAAAACAUUAAUUCUUGCAUUUA